AUGAAGGAGAGCUUUGUCGUAAACUUAACUUCAUAUUAAUCUGACAUUUAGGACAACAGGGAUGGUUCAGAAAUUGAAUUAAGUGAAAUUAAGAGCAGUUAAAGGAAGAAUAAUAGAAGUGAGAAAAAUUUUAGCUAAAAAUUAUGUGCAGAAUAGGAAGGGAAUCAAUAUUAAGAAGUGAUAAAAAAGAAGAUAAACAAGGAAUAAGGUUAAAAUGGAAUAAAGAAUUAAGGACAUUGGAGUAAUGGGGAACAUUAGAUAUAUGUUAAAUUUCUGGAGCAGCAUCACAGUACUUAUAUACAGAGCUAAUAAAAUGGAAAAAAUAACAAGAUUUUCAAAUUGAUGUCAUAAAUAAUUGGAAGUAGAUGUCCAUCUUAGUGUAGGUAAAAAGAGGUAAAUAGUAGAUCGCAUCAUCAGAAAUUGAAUCCUUAUACAGUAGCAGGAUAGAAGAGAAAUAAGAGAAACAAGAAAAGAAUGAACAUUUAGAAUGAUGGAGAAAAUUAUUUGUAUUAAAUUAGAAAGAGUGUAAUAGAAUUUAAUAGUCCAAUAGUGAAACAAAUAUUAUGA